AUGGGGUUCAGUGUCGGAGGCACCACCGAGUACAGAAAUGACACCACCAGGUCCAGGGAUGGGGAGGAAACUGAGGGCGGCUUCAGCGAGUUCCUCCUACUGGAGUUGGCAGACACGCGGCAGCUGCAGCUCCUGCACUUCUGGCUCUUGCUGGGCAUCUACCUGGCUGCCCUCCUGGGCAACGGCCUCAUCAGCACAGCCGUAGCCUGCCACCACCGCCUGCACACCCCCAUGGACUUCUUCCUGCUCAACCUCGCCCUCCUCGACCUGGGCUGCAUCUCCACCACUCUCCCCAAAGCCAUGGCCAAUGCCCUCUGGGACACCAGGGACAUCUCCUACUCAGGAUGUGCUGCUCAGGUCUUUUUCUUUCUCUUCUUCAUCUCAGCAGAGUAUUGCAUUCUCACCAUCAUGUCCUAUGACCGCUACGUUGCCAUCUGCAAGCCCCUGCACUACGGGACCUUGAUGGACAGCAGAGCUUGUGCCACCAUGGCAGCAGCUGCCUGGGCCACUGGGGUUCUCAAUGCUCUGCUGCACACUGCCAAUACAUUCUCAAUGCCUCUGUGCCAAGGCAAUGCUGUGGAUCAGUUCUUCUGUGAAAUCGCCCAACUUCUUAAGCUCUCAUGCCCAGAAUCAGACUACUUCAGGGAAACUGUGAUUAUUUAUUUCAGUUUUUGUUUAAUCUUUGGAUGCUUUGUAUUCAUUGUUGUGUCCUAUGUGCAGAUCUUCAGGGCCGUGCUGAGGAUGCCCUCUGAGCAGGGACGGCACAAAGCCUUCUCCACGUGUCUCCCUCACCUGGCUGUAGUUUCUCUCUUUGUCAGCACUGCCAUGGUUGCCUACCUGAAGCUGCCCUCAGUUUCCUCCCCAUCCCUGGACCUGGUGGUGUCAUUUCUGUACUCAGUGGUGCCUCCAGCAGUGAAUCCUCUCAUCUACAGCUUGAGGAACCAGGAGCUCAAGACUGCAGUGAGCAAUACAUACUUCUUCAGCAUCCAUAAGAUGCAUGCCAGCCUAAAAGGGGUCUCAAG